ACCACCAAGGCUUUGGCCAAGGCUUUUUUGGAGGUGUGCAGGUACCAGCUGGAAUUCCUGAGGCGCAGAUCCAAGCGGCACAAAGGCUGCACCGGAGCCACCAAGGCCGCUCCGCAGACACCCGGCGUGGAUGUCCACGCCGACCUUUAUGUCAACAGUGUAUCCUACAGGAUCCUGCGAGACGCGCUCAAGACCGGAGCCACUGACCUGCUGCGCCUCAAGUGUCGUGAAUUCACAGCAUGGAGUAUACCGCCAUCCAAGAUCGUGACUUUGUUGGAAUCUCUGGAUCCAUCCUGUCUGCGGAGGGUGGAUCUGCCCUUCAAAAAUUUGGGAUUGUCCGGUCUCUCGGUGAUCCUGCCACACCUCUCGCGCUUCCCGGAGCUGCGCAGCCUCAGGCUCGGGAACAGCAGCGUGUACUUGCGGGACCUGACACCACUAUUGGCCAACAGAAUCCCCUGUGUGUCCAGGCAGCUGGGAAUGCUGCCCAACCUCCGGGAGCUCGACCUGGGAUAUUUACGCUUCUCCGGGAAUCUGCGCCACAUCCUUGGCGACCUCCAGGCUCCGUUGGAAAGCUUGGAAUUGGCCUCCUGCUCCCUCGUUCCCGAUGACCUCGCCUUCCUCUCCCAAAGCAUCCACGCUCCGGCCCUCAAAAGGUUGGGUCUGAGCGGCCAUGACUUCUCCCAAGGCCUCCUGGAGCCGCUCCGGCUGCUCCUGGAGGAAACCUCGGCUUCGCUGCUGUACCUGGAUCUCCUGGGAUGCGGCAUGGCCGACUCCCACCUGGAGGCGCUGCUCCCGACGCUCCGGCGCUGCUCCCGCCUGCGCUACCUGAGCCUCCAUGGCAAUUCCCUGUCCAUGGCUGCACUCAAGGGUCUGCUCCAGAAAACCUUGGAGCUGCCGGAUCUUAAACUGGUCGUGUAUCCUCGCCCCAUGGAUUGCUACAGGCUCGAGCCAUGGGAAUUUGGUCAGGGUUUCAGAAAGGUUCUGCACGAGGAACUUUUGGCAGCGGCCACCGCAGAGAUUUCCCAGCUUCUGGAGAAUUCCGGGAGAACCGACAUUGUCUGGACUGACAAUCCCUGGAGACACGAAGCCCCGGACUACUUCUCCUUGUGAUUUGGGAAAACCUCAGAGGAAGGAAGAGCUCAGAACCUACCUCAUGUAAAAGCGCCGCCGCCUCCUUCCCAAAAUCUGGGU